UAUUUUUAAUUGUUUCAGACAUAAUACCACAGAUGGCUUCCGAUCAGGACAAGGACUCAAAUCAAUCAGAAGAUCAAUUGGAUCAAUUUGAUCAGCUGGAUCUAAUCGAUCAGGAUGAUCACGAAGAACAUGAACUCUCUCCAGAUCUUUUAAUUAAACAUCCUCUCCAGAACUCCUGGACUCUGUGGUUUUAUAAAAAUGACAAAAGUAAGUCCUGGGAAGCCAACCAGAGAGAGAUCAUCACAUUCAAUACAGUAGAGGACUUCUGGGCACUCUACAAUCACAUCGAGCUCGCCUCCAGACUUGCUGCUGGAUGCGACUAUUCCCUGUUUAAAGAAGGAAUACGACCUAUGUGGGAAGAUGAAAGCAAUAAGAGAGGAGGACGUUGGUUGAUAAAUUUGGACAAAAAGCAACGUGGAUCCUGUUUAGAUAAUUUCUGGCUUGAAGUGGUUCUGUGUCUCAUAGGGGAGUCAUUUGAGAGCGAGAGUGUACUUGUUAAUGGGGCUGUGGUAAAUGUCAGAGCAAGGGGAGAUAAGCUGUCGAUGUGGCUGUGUGAGGCCAAACCUCAGGAGGCUAUUGUUAGUGUUGGUCAGAGGCUCAAAGGGAGGCUGGGCAUUGAAGAAAAGGUUAUCAUUGGUUAUGAGGUGCAUAGUGAUACGAUGAGUAAACAGGGUUCUACAGCAAAGAUACGAUACACAGUUUGAUAUCCAGGUCUCGCCAUUGACGUACACUAGAAAACAAACAUUAAGCAGUACUGUGCAGUACUGAACUGUACUGUACUGCGGAUGCGUUCAUGCCAACAAAGUAUAUAAAGCAAGCAAAUACCAUCAAUUUUAUAAAUUUAUAUAAUUUUAUGGUAAAUUUUAAAAGGAUUUCUAAAAUGACCUUACAAUGUAGGGGUAUUCGAAUUAUUCUAUAUUUAAAAAAGACAAAAAUUAGGUUUUAUUACUUGAUCGAAAACAUAAGGAAUAUUGCGUUAGAAAAUAGUUUGGUGCAUUUAUUUUUAAAUGCCCUUCAUUCAGUUUACGUCUGAAGAUGCUUCUAGGAAGCGAUUAAAACAAUUUUUAGAAUUUUCUCGAGAAACUAAAUAUUUUUUUAGUCGUUAGAACUUUCUUUAACUAGGACCAGAUUUAACUAGUUAAAAUAUACCCUUCAAGCUCAUUCAUACACAUGAUAAGACUCAUUCAGCUUAAGUGAAAAAACGUUGUUACAUGGUUUUAGAAAUUCUUAUUUUCAGACGAAACUAAAAGAUUGUUUCAGUUGUUGAAAUUAUUGAUACUAAUUUAAUUUUUAAUUAUUUAUUUCUCCAAUUAAUUUGUUUGAAGCAGAAUCUCUCAAAAACUCUCAGUCAUAGAAUAGACUUUCCUCGUCAUUUCUAGCAAAUUACCCUCUUAAUCAGGAUUGUUUAUUUUUAUUUUUUAUUUUGCAAACUUUUACUGGCUGACGGGAGAAUUUUGAAAGAUCUUCUCUAAAAAAUCUAGUCUUCGAAAUUGUUAUUUUUAAGAGAUUAAUUAGAGAAAGGUGACCUCAAUUUCGUCUUUCUAAUUCCUUGCAUAAAUAAUUAUUUUGAAAGAUACUUGCCAAUUUGGGACAACCAGUCAAAGGUAUAUAUUUCCAAUAAUUUAGAUUUUCUACAAGGGAGGGGGGACCCUUUGCUAGGGACAUUUCAAGGUAGAAAUAAGUAUAAGAUUUGGGCUUCAUGGCAACAUCACUGAACAUUUUAUUGGGUUCAUAGUUACAUUUUUAGAAGGGGUUGGGAAAUCAUUUUCAAGGAAAUAUAUACCCCUGCAACUAAGACGUGUGGAAUACAAUUAUAUGGAUAGUUAAAAUUCUUCACAAUUAGAAUAAUCAGUUAUUCUUAAAUAUCGAACUAUCGAAAGCAUUUCAAAAUUAUCCGAACUUUAAACUGAAUGUUGUGAACGAAAUUGUUCAUUGAUAUUUGGUUCAUAAGUUCGGACUAGAUAUUUAUAAUUUCGGACUAGAUGUUCACAAUUUCGAACUAAAUGUUCAUAACUUAGAAUUAAAUGUUCAUAAUUUCGCAAUGCAUUCUACUAAUUCUGUAUUUAAAUUGGCUAUGAAAAAUUGUUUAACUUUCCGUCUAUUCAUCGUCUUAGGUGGACUGAACACCUUUUCUUUAACCUAAAUACUCCUCGUAUUAAGUUAGUUUUAUAAAACUAAUGUUAUCAUGAGGUUGGAAAAAAUCGCAAAAACAAAAAAUGUAAAAAAA